GGGGACUGGAGAAGGAAAACGCUCAUAAGCAGUAAUGGUUACUGGGCUUCGCCGAACAAACUGGGGAUUGACAGGCAAACCCGCCACGACUGUUUAAAAUUAUUAUUUUUCAACGCAGGAUUUUGUUGCUUUUAACCACACGAUCUUUAACGGAUAUAUAUAUAUUUUUUGAUCGAAUACGUUGUCGUGAGGACAUUAACCUGUUGCAUCCUUUCCGACAGUCUCGCGGCAGCGGUCAACUUUAAGAUGUUCUAUUGUGGAUGCGAUGACGUUUUGUUUCGUCUGUUUGCGCUUCUGUAGGAUAGUCGGACUGCGAACAUUUUUCCUUCAAGCUCUUUAGUGUCAUACAUCGCUCGGGACGAUGCAUGUCUCUCUGGCUGAAGCUCUGGAGGUGCGAGGAGGUCCCCUUCAAGAGGAGGAGGUCUGGGCUGUCCUCAGUCAGAGUGCUGAGAGCCUCCAGGAACUAUUCAGAAGAGACCCCUCUGCCCUGGGCUUCAUCAUCUCUCCCUGGUCCCUGUUGUUGAUGCCCUCAGGCAGCAUCUCCUUCACGGACGAGAACGUGACGCAGCAGGACCUGAGGGCCUUCACAGCUCCAGAGGUCCUGGAGGGAGUCACUCUCUCCUCUCUGUCAGAUAUAGAGAAGAUGCACAUGUACUCCCUUGGAAUGACCUUGUUUUGGGGAGCUGACUAUGAGGUUCCACAGAGUCAGCCCAUGAAGCUGGGUGAGCACCUGAACAGUAUUCUCCUCAACAUGUGUGACGACACCACCCUGAGCCGUAUGUCUGUUCUCACCGUAAUGGAUGCCUGCAGCACACACAUCAGAAAUUCUAGCUGCGAACCCUCCUUCACACACAUCAGAAAGCUGGUCCGACUGGUGUUGGGCAGCCUCUCCCAGUUGGAUGGCCUGCUGUCCCAGAGUGACAGGGAGUCUAUUCCGGAGAGGAGCAAGGAGAUUCGGGAGAGGCUUCGGGGCAAAGGCCUUCCCUCAGGGAGGAGUGCAGCCCCGAGGGUACUGGAGCGUUACAAGGCUCGUAGUCAGGAGCAGGCAUCUCUGAACCGUGGCCUGAGUCGCUCCAUGGGUUCCCUCCCCAUCCAGGACCUCCUGAGAGGUGAGGGGGCCCUGCCUGGUCCCUACCCACCAUCGGACUACCAUCCUGGGUCAGAGUCCUCCGCAGACCUGGCCCUCUACCUCGAGCCCCAGCAGAGAGGCAGGCCGGUAGAGCUGGACAGGAGGUCCCUGCCCUAUAGAGGAGACUCGACAGCCCAACACAAGAAGAACUGGGCGUCUUCUGUAGACCUGGCCCACAUAGACCCGGAUAUGCUCCGCUUUGGAGCCCUUGAGGAUGCCAGGCGGGGUAGCAGUGCCCUCAGUACCCGCUCAGGGGGAAGGCACAAGUCAGCCUCCCGGGUGAACCGGGAUCGAGACGGGGAGAACCGCUACUCAGACUUUGGUGGUAUGGAGACGCCCAGGACGAAGGCCCACCCCCACUCACCCCUGUCGGUCAGCUCAGCUCUGACCUCAGCCUAUGACCGGAUCAAAGAGAAGCAGAGGAAGCUGCAGGUGCUCCGCCAGGCCAUGGAUGAUCCUCUCCACUCCCAUCGGAGGUACCACAGUGACUACAGCUCGUCCAGUGAGAGCCCCUCUGUAGCAUCCUCCGACACCGACUACAGACAAGUUAAGAAACCAGAGGAAGUGAGACGUUACAGCUCCCAGUUGGCUCUCUCAGACCAUCACGGCAUGUCUCUAACCAGCCACAACGCACACAGACACAGGCGACAUGAGGGUGCAGCCGACGAGGGUCUGAUGCUCCAGAGACGUGAGGAAGAGGUUCAGAGGCUGCAGGCUCACCUGGCUAACAGGCUGUCCAGGGCCUCCCUAUACCCAGGGGACGACCCCCGAGCCAGCCUCUACACCGGGGAUGAGCCCCUGGCACGCACCUCCAUGCUGGACCUCCGGGACCCUCUCAAUGCAACGCUACCACACCACCGCAAACCUAAGAAUUUCUUUGGUCCUGAAUUUGUGAAGAUGACCAGCGAGCCAUGUGUUGCCUUGACGGUUCCCUCUUCAAUAAUGAACAAGCGUGGGAAGCUGGAUGAGGUCCAGAGGAAGGUGGGGGUGGUCCUGCUGACCGGCCAGAAGCUGGAGCUGAGCUGUGACAUCAAGGCUGUGUGUAAGGACGUGUUGGACAUGGUGGUGGCUCACAUUGGACUGGUGGAGCACCACCUCUUCGGCUUGGCCUGCCUCACAGACAAUGAGUUUUUCUUCAUUGAUCCCGAUGCCAAGCUGUCCAAAGUUGCUCCUGAGGGGUGGAAGGAAGAACCCAAGAAGAAGAAACCAGACAUCCAGUUUAACCUAUUCCUACGCAUCAAGUUCUUUCUGGAUGAUGUCAACCUCAUACAACACACCAUGACAAAACACCAGUACUACUUGCAGCUGAGGAAGGAUAUCUUGGAGGAGAGGGUGUGCUGUGACAUGGAGAAUGCCAUGCUCCUGGCGUCCCUGGCUCUUCAGGCAGAGUUUGGUGACUACCAGGCAGAGCUCCAUGGAAAGACGUACUUCAGAAUGGAACAUUACAUGUCUGCCUCUGUGCUGGAUAAUAUUGACCAGAGCUCCAUCAAGGAAGAAUUGCUCAAACUACACAGCACAUACUAUGGAGCCACAGAGGCAGAGACAGAGUUUGAGUUUCUCAAGGCGAGCCAGAGGCUGACGGAGUACGGGGUUCACUUCCACCGUGUCCUCCCUGAGAAGCGGUCCCAGACAGGUAUCAUGCUAGGGGUCUUCUCCAAGGGUGUCCUCAUCUUUGAGGUCCUGAAUGGAAACAGAACCCCAGUACUAAGGUUCCCCUGGAGAGAAACCAAGAAGAUUUCUUUCACAAAGAAGAAAAUCUGUCUUCAGAACACGUCAGACGGGAUCAAACACCUGUUCCAGACAGACAGCAACAAGACCUGUCAGUACCUGCUGUGCCUCUGCUCUGCUCAGCACAAGUUCCACCUCCAGAUGAAGGCCCGGCAGAACAACCAGGAGCUGCAGGACUUAGAGAACUCUCCAUUGAACCUUUUGCAGUACUCUCUGGGUCAGGGGGGGGUGGAGGGGAUAGGGAGGGCCGUGAGCUCUGCCAGCCUGACCCCUAGCUCCUCAGCCCGCUCCGCACACUCAGACUCAGACCUGAAGAGGAUUUCCUACUCAGAGGUGGCCCUGAACAAAGCCCCUGGCGGCCGGCUCCAUGCCCAGGAAGAGGUGCUCUUCCCUGGGUUCAACUCCGGCCUCGGCCCCCACCACCACCACCCUUCCAAUGCCCGGUUAAUGAUGAGCAGAUCACACCACAACCUGGGCCAGGUGCCUGAAUCGCCAGAGCACCGUGCAGUGUCCUUCAACAGCCAGUCUCAGUCUGCUGUGAACCAUGCCCAGCUCGCGGACUCCCACCACCGAGCCAGCUCAGACACAGACUCCAUCUCUGUAGCUUACCAGCAGGAUAGAAGGUUUGGCUCCUCAGCAUCGCACGGCAGCACCGCCUGGAGUCUUAAGAGCUUCCAGAAACAGUCUGACUCCUCCUCCUCCGUGGAAGAGACCGGACAUGCUGAUGUCGUAGGUUCCCUGAAGACGACGCUGAAUGCCUUGCCUUCCCCAGAGAGAGAGAUUACCACGGUCAGUCUGAAGAAAGAUGUGAAGUCUGGCCUGGGGUUUCAGAUAGUAGAGGGGCAGAACUCUGGUCAUGUUGAUCUUGGCACCUUCAUCAGCUCCAUAAUUCCUGGGGGUCCUGCUGAUAUCAACGGCUGCCUCAAGCCAGGGGACCGUCUAAUCUCUGUGAAUGAGGUGAACCUACAGGGCCUUCCCCACACCGCUGCCACCGAGGUCCUGCAGAGCGCCCCCGAUGAUGUCACGCUGGUGGUGUCUCAACCCAGAGAGAGGCUUUAUGAAGAGCCUCCGUCAGGGUUUGUUUAUAAACCCCAGGCUCCUCUGGUGGUCUCCGGACAGCGACGACAAGACCUGGACUUUGAGUCUUCAAUUGAGGAACAGGAGGCAGGAACAGGCUCCCCCAGCCCUCCUCUCCCCACCACCACCCCGUCUGUCUCCACUCUCCCACGCCAGAGCAGCCUCCGCUCUCAGGACUCCAGGACCGAGAGCACCAAUGCACCUCACCAGACCCCCGUCAACGGCACCCACCCCCAUCGCACACUGCCCACUGAAGCUGCCUCAGUACCCGUAUCCAUACUCCAUCACCAGGAUCGAACCAACAACAUUGCCUUGACCUUCGACCCACUCAAAGUGUCUCCACCAGCGUUGCCACCCAAAACCAGGAAAGCUAAGAUCCCUGAGGUCCCUAAAGACCCAGACUAUUCAGAUAGAGGGGACUCUGAAAUGGAUGAGGAGACGUACUCUAGUAGUCAAGAGAAACCAAAGUUUAAAAAGGAGUUAACUCCUACUCUCCCCAACGGCAGCAUGGGAGGGUUAAGUGUCAAUGUCCCAGGGGUCAGUAGUCUCUCUCCUGGAGAUCUGUUUGUCGUUAAGCUGUCUAAACAGGACAGCAGCUUGGGCAUAAGUGUCACGGGUGGAGUGAAUACCAGUGUGAAGCAUGGAGGGGUUUAUGUGAAGGCCAUCAUCCCUAAAGGAGCUGCAGAACUGGACGGAAGGAUCCAGAAGGGUGACAGGGUGGUGGCUGUCAAUGGGAAGAGUCUGGAAGGAGCCACUCACAAGCGGGCUGUGGAGACCCUCAGAGAUACUGGAAAGUCCUCUCCUCCCCUUCUCCUCCGCUCGGCUCCUCCCCUUCUCCUCCGGUCCUCUCCUCCCCUUCUCCUCUGCUCCUCCCCUCUUCAGAUGGUCCACUUGUUGUUAGAGAAGGGUCAGCUACCUGCGGACCGUAUCCACGCCCCUCUGACGCCUCAGUGCACCCCUCCCAGCGACCAGCAACAACCGGCGCCAGAGGCUGCUCAGCCUAAAGCCCAGCCAGAGUACAUCUUCAUCACUGAUAAUAAUGUAUUUGAGGUGCCCUUGCUGAAGAAUUCGUCAGGCCUAGGGUUCAGCUUCAGUAGAGAGGAGACCCUCCCUGACCAGAACACUGGUAACGCCUCUGGUAACAGCUUCAGCAUGGUCCGGGUCAAGAAGCUUUUCCCUGGGCAACCUGCCGCUGAGAGUGGACGAAUCAACGUGGGUGACGUCAUCGUGCGUGUCAACCAGACGCCCCUCAAAGGACUCUCGCAGCACGAGGUGAUCUCAGCGCUGCGAGGGACCGGCCAGGAGGUCACUCUGCUGCUCUGUAGACCUGACCAGGGUGUCUUACCUGAGAUGGACGCCUCUGCUCUGACUCCCAUGGCCUCUCCUCGUAAGGAACCAGUAGUCCAGACCCAGCAGCCUGAAUCCAGCCUGGCCAGGCCCAGAACAGCCUCUCCUGUGAGGUCUGAGGGGAAGAGGAGCCUGGGACUGGGGCCUGGGCAAAUGGAGGAAGCUCUGGACAGGCUGCUCAUGAAGUCCUCCAGCCGUCGGGACAGCUACAGCGACAGCACAGAUGAUGAGGAGGUGGAGGAGGCCUUCAGCCCAUCUCUGGAGCAGGGCCGACAAGCCUGGGAUCGUAGUAUCUACCAGACCCCCAGCAGUAACCUCACUCUGGAGAGACUCCGCCAGUAUGAGACCCCCUGUGAGCUGGAUGACACCAUCCGCUCUGCCUACUACUCUUCCAACCUGUCACUGUCCAACCUCAGCAAAAGGUGUCCCUCCUCCUCCCCUCGGGUCCCUGACCUGACCACCACCCCUCAACCUAUGGUAUUAUCUCCAGAAGCCCCCAGUCCCGACCCCCUGCCUCUCCCUCGACCACCACACUUCAACCACACCCUGACAGACAACAGACAGGACAUGGAUGAGUUUGUGCCGGACGUGGAGCUGAAAGUGUCCCUUGUGAAGUCUGAGAAAGGAAGCCUGGGGUUUACUCUGACCAAAGGGAACGACCUGGGCUGUUACAUCCAUGACAUCAUCCAGGACCCUGCCAAGGGAGACGGCAGGCUGCGUCCCGGGGAUCGCAUGAUCAUGGUGAACAACAAAGAUGUGUCCAACAUGGGUCACACUGAGGUGGUGAACCUGGUGAGAGCGGCCCCCAGGGUGGUCGAUCUAGUGGUAGGAAGGGUUCUCGAGGCUCCUAAACCCCCUAUAGAAGCACACCUACUGUCGGACAUCUCCUUCCAGUGCCCUGACCAAACAUUAGGUCUAGUAUUGGAUGGGGGCAGUGACAGUGUGUACGGGGUGUUGUUCAUAAAGGAGGUACUGCCUGGCUCGGUGGCGCUGCUGGAGGGGAGUCUGAGGCCCUUGGACCUGGUCCACUAUAUCAACGGAGCUCCAACUCUGGACCUGACCCUCAAUGAGAGCUGCAGGCUGCUGGAGAUCUCCCUCAGGGAGCUCACUAUCAAAGCUACAAGGGAUGGGAAACCAGUGUCUCCAGGACAGAAGAGUAUUUCUUUUCUCAACAACAACGUCAGUCCUGAAGUCUCCAGCAGCCUCAACGAUUAUGUCUUGGGGGCUGAUCACAGAGAAACAGAGGCCUUCUCUACACUAUGUCCUCCAGAGGAGGAGAUCAUUCAGUUGGACCUUGACAAGCCUGCGGCAGGAGGCCUAGGCUUCUCUGUUAUCGGAGGAGAGAGGGGCAUCUUUGUCAAGUCCAUCACCCCUGGUGGCAUAGCAGAUCGUACAGGACGGCUGCAAGUGGGGGAUAGACUGCUCAAAGUGAACGAGGAGCUGAUGACUGGUGUGUCUCACACUAAAGCUGUCACAACUAUCCGAAAGGUCAAAGGACUGGUCCACCUCAUAGUGUCCAGACCGCCCGACCAAAACCCCAACACCUACCUGGCCUAUCUCCCCAUCAUCUCUGACAAGUGCAACGGCAACAGUGACGACAUUGGGGUGAAGACUAAACCGUCUAGUCCACCUGAUGAGAACAGUAGCCCUCCUGACAUACCGCCAAUAGACUAUGAUGUAGGUUCAAUGGAACGGAGGACGAGAGAGGGUGAGGUGGAGAACACAGAGCUGUCUGAAGACACAGACCGUGACGGUUCCUCUCUACCAGAGGACUCUCCUGAGACCUCCCGGAAAGCCGACUGGAAAGAAGAAAGUGUUGAUGACCCACUGAAUGAAAGCUACCUGCAGAUGACGUCAGAGCUUCCAGAAGAGGAUGAGAUUACCUGGGGGAGUGACGAGCUGCCUAUAGAGAACAUCAACUCCAAAUUCACUGACGAUAAGCCCAUCAUUACAGAGGAUGAGCUGACCUCUCUGCCCCUGGUGAAGGUGGUCCCUGAUGGACAAUACACUAAGGCCAAACUCAACACUGUGGUGCGUAUGCUGAGGGGUCUGCUCGAACAGAAGAUCCCUUUGCAGGAGUUUGAGAAUCUGCAGAAUCUACAGCCGCUGGACGACUGUCUAAUUGGUCAGACAAAGGAAAACAAGAAGAAGAAUCGUUAUAAGAACAUUGUCCCUUUCGAUACCACCAGAGUGAUCCUGGGUAAAAAUGGUGGCUACAUUAAUGCCAACUUUAUCAACAUGCCAGUGAAAGAUGAGAACUUCAUGUUCAUUGCUUGUCAAGGACCCCUACCCACCACUCUGGGUGACUUCUGGCAGAUGAUCUGGGAGCAGAAAUCUAAUGUCAUUGCUAUGAUGACCCAGGAAGUGGAAGGGGGAAAGGUCAAAUGUCAACGGUACUGGCCUGACACCCCGCGGACGGCUGAGAUGGUGGACGAGAGGCUGCAGAUCACCUUGGUCAAAGAUCAGCACCUGGACAACUUUGUUAUCCGUCUCAUUGAGGUCAAAGAUAUCCAGACUGAAGAAAUUCAACGCGUCACCCACCUGAACUACACCGGUUGGCCAGACCACGGUACGCCCUCGCAGCCUGAGCAGCUGUUGACGUUCAUAUCCUACAUGAGGCACAUCCACCAAUCAGGACCCAUCAUCACGCACUGCAGUGCAGGGAUUGGACGAUCCGGAACUCUCAUCUGCGUAGACGUGGUUCUCGGCCUCAUCAGUAAAGAUGCUGAUUUUGAUAUUUCAGAUGUGGUACGUAACAUGAGGCUGCAGAGACAAGGAAUGGUACAAACGGAGGAACAAUACAUCUUCUGCUAUCAAGUCAUCUUAUAUGUGCUCCGAUGUCUUCAAGCUGAGGAGAAAAUCUCAGGAUAGCAACCUUACCAAAGUCCCAAUGUUGCACACACCUGAACAACGAUGGAGACGACACACAGCACAGAACCAAGCAGUGGAUUUACAAACCACUGCUCAACCAACGCCUUAACGGUCUGGGAUUGUGUCCCGAACACAGAUCAAGUCUAGUCUUGGAUUUACUGGUACUUUCAAUAGAGAAUCUCCAUUUAAUAUGGUUUUUAGUCCAUGACUAGGCUUGAUCUGUGUCUGGGGGAAGUAGUCCCUCACAGGAGUCUGUAUAUUUUUUGUUUGCUUGACCUCUACCUCUGUAGCUGCUACCCCUUCUCUUAAUGUAUACACAAGAACAAUACAGUUGAUGUUCCCGUCUUAUCUACAUGAAAGCAAUGUUUUUUUUUAUAUAGAUUGGCUUAUGAAAUAUCUGAAAGUUAAUAAAGUCAUAUUUUAAAGAUUUUGAUGCUGGAAGUUGCCUUGACAGAAUACGACAGUAUUUGCAUUGUAAAUCGUAUUAUGGUUAUUGCUGCCAGUGUUAAAGGAAAUUUAGUGUACAUAUUCAACUUUUGAAAAAUUGCAAUUUGUAAAUAAAAGUGAAAUUUA